AUGUCUUCUCUGACCAAUCCAAGCCUCGCCAAGUCCUUACGCCAAUACAUGCAGUCAACCUUCCGCAUUGGCCAUGGAACUGUCUCCCCUCGCAGUCUAUACGGCAUUCAAGUUCCUGAGUUGAAAGUUGCCUUGAAUGAAGCCUACCACUAUAAAAUCGGUGCAAACGAAUUUGACCCUGACGUCGUCUUUCCCGAGGUUCUCACCCUCAGCAACCAACUCUCUACCAUCCUACAACAACUCACACCCGCCCAAGAGACCAAGUUCGAAAACCAUAUCCUACAUUGCCUUGCUACACAUUUGGCGCUGUGUACGGCAAUCUUCCUCGGAAAGGCAGUGGAAGGACCAGAAGAGAUCGAAGAAACGAAGGAAGAGUUCCAGCUACCGUACCACAAACUGCUAGGAGACAUCUCCCCGGCCUUGCGCAGUUACCGUGAAAUUGCGCAACACGCCAGGGCUGCCUCCUACAUCAUCGUUCAACUCUGCAUACACGACCAAGGUCUCAGCGAAGAGAUCAUUCUCCAGGCUCAUAGAUUCUUGACGUACAAAGUUGACGCUGAAACCACUCCCUGGGAGGAAUACAGUGGUGUCUAUCGUACGGAUGAAGUCUCCGCCGGCCUACGUCCAUUCCCGCACCACAGCAUCGUGCCAUUCAAAAUGAAGGGAAUGGUCCGCGACCUCCAUUCUGAUGUUAAAGAAGCUAUUGCUAAAGGAACACUCGACCCUGUCAGCAUAGCCUCGAAAUACACCCACGUCUUCGUUAAUAUCCAUCCUUUCAUCGACGGAAAUGGAUGUAUGUGUCGUUUGAUCUUGAACUCUAUGCUCCUCAAGCUUGGCAGCUUUCUUGCGUGCAUCGGUGGGACAGAAGAGGAACGCAUUGUUUACAUGGAAAUCGCCAGUAACGGAGGUGCACUUGAAGAUCUGUAUGGAGAUCUUGAUGAAGAUGAGAAACCCGUAAUGUAUAAGGAGCUAGGGAGUCUUGUUCUGGAGUAUGUCAAAGAGAGUAUGCAAAAUCUGGUUACUACAGUGCUUUCGUGA